AUGGCUUUCAAAACUCUACUCGUAGUCCUUGCACUGGUUAUGGUAGCUUACGGACACCCCCAAGGCUACGCUGGCGGGGACGGUUUCGCUUAUGGUCCUGGCAAUAGUAACGGACAGGGCCAAGGCCAAGGUGGUUUUGGACCACAAGGAGGACAAGGUAGUUUUGGACCACAAGGAGGGCAAGGUGGUUUUGGAGGACCACAUGGAGGACAAGGUGGUUUAGGGGGAUCACAAGGAGGACAAGGUGGUUUCGGGGGGCUACAAGGAGGACAAGCAGGGUUUAAUGGACAACAAGGGGGACCCGGAGGACAACAUGGUCACAGAGGUGGAUACCAAGAGUUCGGAUAC